AUGCAAUCUACCGAAUCAGAACGUACCUGCUAUGGCAGGAAAGCUUUCACAGCCAUCUGCAAACUUAGCAAAACUGCGUCUGCCUCCAAAAAUCCUGCAACACCCCUUCAUAGUAUUCCUCGUACAACACCAGAGCGUCUGGCGGCCUCAUCAGCGAAGACAAUUCUGUACCUAGCCUACGGAUCCAAUCUUUCGGCAGAGACCUUCAAAGGCGCAAGAGGAAUUGUACCCCUAUCAGCAGUCAAUGCCCAUGUACCAAGUCUCUCGUUGACAUUCGACCUAUCUGGUGUACCAUAUACCGAGCCCUGCUUCGCAAACACGAAACUUCGAGAUCCGGCGAACGAUGUGCCAAAGCAUGGCGAAUACCACAAGGAUAGAUGGCAUAAAGGCUUGAUUGGAGUUGUAUACGAGGUCACACCUGAGGAUUUCAGGACAAUAAUUGCUACUGAGGGUGGUGGAGCAAGCUACCAAGACGUUAUCGUGCCAUGUUACACUCUCGCGGCUGGAGGGACGAUUGUUGAUCCGCAUCCCAGCGGAACUCCAUUCAACGCGCAUACGCUAUUACAGCCUCGUCAAGAACCUGAAGAUGGCAAGGAGAGUCGCAAUGUGGUGACUACGAACGGCCAUAUACAGCGUCCAGAUCCCUCCUAUGCUCAGCCAUCAGCACGGUAUCUUAAGCUUAUCACCGAUGGUGCUGAGGAGCACUCUCUUCCUUCGGAAUACCUAGCGUUCCUAUACAACAUCCGCCCAUACACAAUCACGACAAAGAAGCAGAAAAUUGGACAAGCACUUAUCCUAGCUGUCUGGUUUCCAAUAAUCAUGGCUCUUUUCGGGCUCGGUAAGACGUUGGCAGAUGAAGAUGGUAGGAUCCCUGAUUGGCUUGCUAGUUUGUUAGGUCUUGUUUUCAAUGCCCUCUGGCUGGGUUAUGACAAAUUCUUCAAGGAUUUGUUUGGCGACGGGGAGAGGACGAUGAAGAAGAGUGAUGAUGAUGACGACGAGGAAAGAGGAUGCAGCAAUUGGGGAAACGAGAAAUCGGCAUUUGCUUAG